AGCACUAGCACUGGCAACAGCCACCAGCCGAGACCAGGAAGCAAAUAUACAUUUCGCUUCCCUGCCUGCUUUGCUUCCUCCAAGCUUCCUUUCCCCACCCCCAACCCCCACCUGUUCGAGUGCCGGUUGCUCUCCAACCGCACCGCGUCCAGAUCCGGCCGCCGAUCUCCGCCCGCGGCUUCACCCACUACUCUCAUGGCGGCAGCGGCGGCCGGAGCCCUGGGCCUAUUCCUCGCCGCAGCGCUCGUGCUCGCGCUUGCGGGGGCCAACUCCGAAGGCGAUGCGCUCUCGGCGCUGCGGCGCAGCCUUCAGGACCCCGGCGGCGUGCUGCAGAGCUGGGACCCAACCCUCGUCAACCCCUGCACCUGGUUCCACGUCACCUGCAACCGCGAGAACCGCGUCACCCGCCUAGAUCUUGGCAAUCUGAACCUAUCUGGUCAUCUGGUGCCUGAGCUUGGGAAAUUGGAUCAUUUGCAAUAUCUGGAACUCUACAAAAAUAACAUUCAAGGAACGAUCCCUUCAGAACUUGGUGAUUUGAAGAACCUAAUUAGCUUGGACUUGUACAAGAACAAUGUUUCGGGCACUAUACCUCCAACACUUGGGAAGUUGAAGUCCCUUGUAUUCCUGCGGCUCAAUGGCAAUCGUUUGACUGGGCCAAUUCCAAGGGAGCUGGCUGGGAUAUCUAGUCUCAAAGUUGUUGAUGUUUCUGGUAAUGAUCUGUGCGGAACAAUCCCUACCACUGGGCCAUUUGAGCACAUUCCUCUCAGCAACUUUGAGAAGAACCCGCGCUUGGAAGGUCCGGAACUACAAGGCCUGGCUGUAUAUGAUACCAACUGCUAGAUGGCAACAGGAAGAAACAAAUGCUAGAAAGUAAUGGGCGUACAAGGUUACCGGAGAUUGGUUGAUAUAGAUUGUUAGGUCUGCGCUUGCCACUUUGUAAUUCUCCCCUACAUAGCUACCACUUGUGUCUUGCUCUCAGCAAGGAAGUUGUUGUAUGUUGUAGCAGAAUGAUGCUUUCUGCCUAUGGAAAUGUGAACAUGAAACUGCUUAUGCUAUGACUGAAAUGAUAUUGUCGUCAUCUCUGUUCUGGAGUA